AUGCGUCCACUACUUCGACUCGCGCGCCUGCCGCGCCCUGUUCAAGGCUUCGUCACUUCGGCCCGACUUCAGGUCAAUGCGAACACGCCUAAACCCCACGUUUUCACGAUAGAUUCAAUUGGAGAAUCAGUGAAAGCUGUUCCGUUGAAGCGGCCCGAUGUUUCUCACAAUCAUGCAAUUGACAAUUCCAUUGGACCAUCUUUUGCCACUAUUGAAGCCGCGAAACCAGCGAAAGUAGUUUGCAGUGAUCAUGGACUGUCUAUCGAAGCUCCCGGUGUCUUGUCCCUGCCAUUGGACUAUUCUUAUCUUCGUGAUCUUUGCAAAUGCCCCCAAUGCGUGGAUCGCUAUUCAAAGCAACGAUCCUUCCGCACAAAUGACAUACCUACCGAUAUUCGCCCUCGUCACAUCAAGUGGGACGGGGUACAUUUAGAGAUCCAAUGGGCCAACGAUAUCCCAGGUGCAGGUCCCGAUCACCUUUCGCGAUGGCACCAUAGCUACCUCCGGAAGCCUACGCUCAACACUCACGAUAUUCACGAAUUUUCAAAUAAAACAAAGACCUGGGAUGCAAAGAUAAUGCAGAAACAUCAGCACUGGGUCUCAUAUGAAGACUAUAUGACCAAUGAUGCAAAUUUUGCUGCUUCAAUGCGAAACUUACAGCGCACAGGUCUUAUAUUCGUCAAGGAUAUCCCUGAUGCACGCGAAGAGGUCGCGAAGGUUGCGACGCGCAUGGGCCCAUUGCGCAAUAGUUUCUAUGGGAUGACCUGGGAUGUGCGCACGGUUCCAGAGGCCAAGAAUGUGGCCUACACCAACCAUUUCUUGGGCUUCCACAUGGACCUGAUGUACAUGAAUGAGCCCCCCGGCUACCAGCUCUUGCAUUGUCUGGAGAAUUCCUGCGACGGUGGCGAGUCACUAUUUGCUGAUGCCUUUCGUGCUGCGUACAAGAUGAAGCAAUUCUUCCCGGAAGAGUUCAAAGAACUUACUCGACGCAAGUUGGGCUACGAGUAUGUUCACGAGGAUCAAAUCUACUACAAUGAGCGACCUGUCUUCGAGCUUGCUGAAUCAAGCCAGCAUCUCCGACACGUCAACUACUCACCUCCCUUCCAAUCUGCUAUGCCUAUUGAGGGCGAGCUGAGAUUCCAGCCUCUGAAGAAGGCCUUGGAUGUGUUCACUCAAAUGCUAGAAUCUGAGGAGAUGUGCUUCGAUUUGAAAUUGAAUCCGGGCGAAUGCGUGAUCUUUGAUAACCGUCGCAUUGUUCAUGCACGUCGCCAUUUCAACACUUCGACUGGUUCGCGGUGGCUAGCGGGGGCGUAUGUGGACACAGAUGCUGUGCUCUCUUGUUUCAACGUGAUGUCGAAGAAACAGCCAGACGUGUGGCAGGCUGCGGAUUGCAUGGUACAAUCUGCUGAUGACCUCAUCCAACCAGAGGAGUUGGACCAGGCGGUGGCUCAGGCUUGA